AUCCUGGAUGCGGAUACGACAAGCAGCGUUCCGUGCUGUAUACUCGUACUAUAUUCUGCACAAUGCAAUAAGAUAGGGAGGAGUUUGUAUCCACGACGAUAACCCUGGUGUCUGGUCUCCGUGGAGAUGGCCAGAGUUCAGGUUUUCAUUACAUUAAGGGAUCUGGUGUUGGUAGUGAUUCUGCUAUGGACUGCCACACCCACAGAUGGGGGAGACAUCCAUGUAACCUGUCUGUUCUCAGAGGAUUGUGUCCUGGCCUGCAGCUUCCAGCCUGGAAGUGAGGAAGUAAUCCACUGGCUGAAACCAGAAGACAAGGACCUGACCGUCCACUCCUACUACUACAGUACAGAUCAGCUCAAACAGCAGAGCCAGCGUUACAGAGGGAGAACAGCCCUGUUCAAUGACCAGAUCCCCAAAGGAAACGCUUCACUACUGCUGAGAGGACUCACACUCCAGGACCAGGGCAGAUACAAGUGUUACACCAGCACUAUUAAAGACAACAAGGAGUCCUUCAUUAACAUAGCAGUGGAGGCUCCAGUCCGCUUGGUGGACAUACAGUUAUCAGAUGACAUCCUCACCUGCAGUUCCACAGGUAUCUACCCUGAGCCUAAACUCACCUGGUCCAUUGACCCCCCCUCUGACCUUUCAUUUGACCCUGGAACCAUCCAGAACUCCACCAGCACCAAGGUGGAUGACCGGGUCCUCUAUGACAUCACCAGCACAAAACAGUUUAUCAGAGACCGAACCAACAUCUGUACCGUGACCUCUGGGACAGUAGAAAGGACAGCGACCCUGAAACAGCAAGAUCCGGUCCAGGGUUCUCCAAGAAGUGAAGUGUCCAUCCCCUGCAGUGUCUCUCAGUCUGACCUCCUGACCUUUAACCUCACCUGGAGGUUCAACCAGAUAGACACCAUCCUCACCUCCACCUACACCAAGGGUACAUCUCAGAUGUACAUUGACGACCAGUGGAAGGAGCAGGUUCAGAGUUUGUCUGAUUCUGGCAGCCUUCAGCUCCACAAGCUAACCAUGGUCCACCAGGGAAUCUACAGCUGUGAACUCUCUACUGCCAGAGACACUCACUUGGUCCUCACCUACCUGGAGAUCACACCUGAUAAACCAUCUGAUGUUUCAGAUGGACUGAGUCCAGGUUCAAUCACUGGUAUAACAAUAGCAGCAGUAGCAGCAGUGAUUAUAGCAGCAGUGAUAUGUUACCUGCUGAGAGGUUUUCUGCCCAAAUUUAGACGUAACACGGACAUCUGAAGAGUGAGUCACUCUCUGCCACAGCAAAUACAAAUUGUCAAAAUGAAAACGUUGAGAGUGGAAUACCACUUCAGAAUGGAGAAGAAAGAGAGGAAGAUAUAGAAAGACAAGAACAAAAACAAGGUCAAGGAGAAGAGGGGUCAGCCACAUCAACCAUAGUAAAUCCUCAGACAGAAGGAGAGGACAUUGUUCCUGAUUAAGACAAAAAGGCCAUUCUAGAAGUCUCUCUGGUGUGUCAGUAGAGUCAAAAGUCAAGAAUAAUAUGAGAAGAAAUGUGUCAGUGUUCUACAGGAUGUGGUCAUGGUCUCUCUGAGAAAGAGGCUAUGGCUAUUAUUGAUUAGCCAAUACAUUGACAACCAAACCACUACUGGUUCAGACGCCAGGCACUUGUAGAGACCUGAAAGAAUUCAAUAACUAUAACCAAUUAUGAAAACUUAACCUACAGAAGACCAGGUGGAGCUAUAAUCAUAUUCCUAUAGGAUCUACAUGGAUUGCCUAGCAGGGGGGCAGCGGCUAGGGGUUGGUUCUGGACCGGCCACAUCUUUCACAACGAAAAGCAAUUUGUUUUGCAAAUCAAAUGUGAAUUUAGCAAUGUCUGUAUUCAGUAUAGUUACUAUUCAGUGACAGUAUGUUAUCCCCUGCCUUGUCUCAUUCACCAUCAUUGUGUCUUGGAGAGGCCUGUCAGCCUUUACACACACUGAAUGGACAGGACCUGUUUCACCAUCAGAAGUAACUUGCUGGCAUGUGAAUCAAUCAAUUACACUACAUUAUUAGGAGAAGUAAUUGAUUGAUUGUGGGACAUAGUUUUUUAAGUUUUAUUUUAAUUUAUUAAGUGUGUGUGUGCGUGCAUGCAUGUGUGCACAUUAAUUUUGCUAUUGCAGGAGAAAGUAACUACUCUGGGAUACUUAGUUUUUUUACUGUAGCAUGACACCCACACCUUGAUGAAUGUAGGUUAUCUUUACCUGUAUGUAACAUGAUCCCUCUGGAACUCCCGGACAGCCUCUCUCUGAAGAGAGAGGAGCUAUAGUAGCAGGAACAAUAAGUUACCUGAAACAGAAAGGGAAGCUAUGAUGAUGAUGAUGAUGAUGAUGACAACCAUAGUCAGCCUCUAUUGAGACAUUUAACAAACCAUAAUGUCCUGAAUUUUAUAAUGAUAGUGGCUAUUGGCUUUGAUUGGGUUCUACAACCUUCCCAUAACAUUUCCUACAGGUUUCAUGAUGGAUCUAUUCAAAGUCAUGUUCUCAAUUUGUUCUCAGAACAUUAAGAAACAACAUUCUUCUGGGGAAAUUUCAGUACUUCAGCAUAACAUUUUCUACUG